AUGUCCGAGAAAGGGAGCGAGAGGUGUGUUGAAGUCAGCGGGACGGAGAAGGAGUCGGUCGAAGAUACGGUCCAGACUGCAAAGGCGGCGCGCGCGUAUGGAGGCGACCCGGACGAGCUCCCGCCCCCGCCGACGCUCACCGCAGAGCAGGAGAAGAGGUUGUGGCGCAAGAUUGACUUACACCUCGUGCCCAUCCUAACGCUCAUGUACUUGUGCUCGUUCUUGGAUCGGGGAAACAUCGGCAACGCGAAGCUGCAAGGUCUGACGACACAGCUCGACCUCACGGGAAACAGGUACAACAUCGCAUUGACGAUGUACUUCAUUCCAUACUGUCUAUUUGAGUGCCCGGCGAAUUUGGUACUCAAGAAGUUCCGUCCUUCGAGAUGGCUUCCUGGAAUCACGGUCGUUUGGGGUCUUAUCAUGACGCUCAUGGGUCUUGUCAAAAAGCAAGUAUAUUACUAUCCUCAACUCGUCGGCGCUCGAGUCUGUCUGGGAGUGGCCGAGGCCGGCCUCUUUCCCGGCGUCGUAUACUACCUUUCACUAUGGUACCCGCGUCACAUGCUGCAGUACCGCGUCGGCAUGUUCUUCGGGGGCGCGACGGCUGCGGGCGCAUUCUCCGGGCUCUUGGCGUUUGGCAUCUCGUUCAUGUCUGGAACGGCCGGACUGCUCGGAUGGUCGUGGAUCUUUAUCAUCGAGGGGCUCCUUACAAUCGUUGUUGGGCUCGUCGCCUUCUUCGUUGUCGUUGACUUCCCGCAGACUGCCAAGUUCUUGACGCCGGAAGAGCGUGCUUGGGUUGUCCACCGGAAGAAGUACGACAACUCCUCGGUUGGGGAGGAGGAGCAUUUCGAGGUCCGUCACAUAUGGGAAACACUUCUCGACUGGCAGGUGUGGAUCCAUCUCUUGAUCUACAUGUCUAUCGUCGCGCCGCUCUACGGAAUCUCCUUAUUCCUCCCCUUUGGCUUCAGCACAACAAUCUCUCAGCUCCUCACCGUCCCGCCUUACGUCGUUGCCACCAUCACCGUUCUCGUCUGGGCGUCCUGGUCCGACAGGAUCAAGAUGAGGUACCCCUUCAUCCUCGCCGGGCUCGUCCUCUGCUUCGUCGGCUUGGCGAUCAACAUCGCCGACGCGAGCGCCGGCGCCAAGUACUUUGGCACCUUCCUCGUCGUCACCGGCUCGUACGCGGGCUUCCCCGGGGUCGUCGCCUGGCUGGGGAACAACCUCGCGGGCCACUACAAGCGCGGUGUCGGGAUGGCGCUCCACAUCGGGAUCGGCAACUUUAGUGGCGCGAUCGCGAGCAACAUCUACCGCACGCAGGACGCGCCGCGGUACAUCAUCGGCCACGGGAUCGAGCUCAUGUUCGUGGGCAUCGGGUUCGUCGCGCUCCCGAUCGCGGUGCUUUCGUACAAGCGCAUCAACGCGCGCCGCGAGGCGGCGAUGAGGGAGGCGAGCGAGCGCGGGGUCAAGCACACGCCCGAGGAACUGCGGAGGAUGGGCGACCGCGCACCGGACUUCCGGUACACGCUUUGA